AAAAAGAACCCCCCUUUUGAGAUUGCUGGCUACGGGCCUGGGAUGGCAUUUCUCUUGGGCAAUUUAUAGAUCUGCAACUGUCGUAUUAAGGUCAUUAUGUAUCGAUAUUAUAAAUGUGUAUUUUUAAGCAUGGAAUGUUUUUGCACAAUGGUACCUUUUUGUGGAAAGCACUAUUUUAACAGAGUGACAUAUGCAUUUUUUUUUAAAUUUUGUAGUAUUUCAUAUACACUUUUUCUCUGUUCUAUAUAUAAUCAUGUUUGAUAUAAAAAAAACACUCUGAUUAAAUUUCUCUCUCAAGUUCUAUCAGCUGUGUUUUGCAUGGGCUUGAUAUAAGAUUACUGCCCAAAUAUGUGCAAUGUUUUCAAACCAAAUGGAUGUUUUGACUUUGGAAUGUUUCUGCCUAGCUUUUCAAUUGCCUGCAUUUAGAGUACCUUGGUUAUAGAUAUAUGUGUGUGUAUGAAAUGGAUAUAUAAAGUCAGCUAAAUAGGUAUAGAAAAUCUACUAAUUUGAUGUUGAAUUUGCUAGGUGUAAAGUAGAUUUGAAAAGUUGAUUUGAACAGAGUGAUGAGCUUGCUAUUUUUUAAAUGCAGAUGCAAGUUCCUGGCAACAGCAGAUUUAUUUUGAGGACGUUAAGUUGUCACAUAAUUAAGUACAUAAAAGUAACAUUAUUAUAUGGUUUAAUUUUUGUCAAUCACUUUCAGUGAAUUCUAUUCCUCUGUCAUAUAUUGCAAUUUUAUACACUUCUCUUUCAUUUGGCCAAUCAUUUUCAUUUGUCCACUUCAACUGAAUAUGGUUUACUUCAAUUUUACCACCUCCAUUUUCAUCAUUUUCACUUUCAUUUUCACUACUUUCACUUUCAUUUUCACCACUUUCGCUUUCAGGUGAAGCCACUCUUGCAGAGACAUGGGAAUGGAGGGAAGGCAGGCUGUUUGCAUAUGAACUCAUCUUUAGGUUCCUCAUUAAGAACCAUUGGUUAUACACCUUUGGUUUGGUAUCACAGCAGUCGGUGCCCAGGCUACCACAUGGACAGUCUAUAGAUGAAGGCAAUGACCACAAGUCUCCUCGAGACAGUAAGCAUGCUAAGCUCCAGCACAGCCAAAGUUAUGGUGGUCAGGCUCUGAGGAACAUGAUGCCAAGGUCACCAGGAAGUCCAGAUAGUGGGAGCUCUGGGACAAGUACAAAGCAUGGUCACAGCUAUGCAGGAACCACAAUGGAUAGUCUGUUUGUUCAGUUGCCUAGAAAGGGCAAAAAGGAGUGCAAUACAGUAGCCAAUGAAGUGGAUGUAGAUAUCCGUAGUGAGAGUCCUCUAUCCACAUCUGGCUCCAGUGCAGGAAGACCACCAGCUCCACAACGUGGUCAAACAGUAGGCAACUUCUAUGUCCCUCAUGUACAGACAGAGCCACCUGGUGGCCAGAUUAGAGCCAGGUCAGGCAGCAUAGAGCAUCACUUGACGUGCCCAUCAUUACGAAGCCUGGUGCACCAGUACUCGUAUUACGUUAAACCAAAUGUCCCAUUCCGUCCCCCGGGAACACUGUCUGGACCACAGGCCUCAUCACUUCUCACACACACACGGGUUAUCGACAAGAGAGUAAGAAGACUGUCACUCUUAAAUGGCAUUUGA